AUGAUGGUGUGUGAACAAUCUUCUCCCAAAUUUGACAGUACUUUCUCCGACGUUGAUGGGCGCAUCACAAUCAUUGUCAAUGGAGAAUCGUUUCUACUGCACAAGUCCCCCCUUGUAGCCCAAAGUGGAAAGAUCCGUAAGCUGUUAAACGAUGCAACGACAAAAACAGUUCCACCAAAGCUGGAGCUCCAGGAUUUUCCAGGCGGGCCCAAAACAUUCGAGCUUGCAGCGAAAUUCUGUUACGGCUUCAACUUGGAGAUCACAAAAUCAAACGUGGGCCCUCUGCAUUGCGCCGCGCACUACUUGGAGAUGACAGCUGGUGAUUACAACCUUCUCGACCCAACAGAAGCCUACCUAACCAAAAACGUUUUCCAAAGUCUCGGAAAGUCGGUGGAGGUGCUGUUGGCCUGCGAGGACUUGCUUCCCUUUGCUGAUGAAAUAGAAAUCCCGAGCAGAUGCAUUUCUGCUAUUUCUCGGUUCGCUCGCUCGAAUAAUAUGGAUCUUGGGUUGUGUGUGGAGAAUCUCUCGACUCUGGGUAUCGAUUUUUAUAACCGAGUCAUUACAGCCAUGGGACAAAUCGGAGUUGGGGCAGACAGCAUAGCCGAAUCUAUAAUGCAUUACGCUCAAACAUCACUCAAAGGUAUCGGUAAGCCUCAGAUAUGGAAUCCGGCGAGAAAGAAUCCUAUUCCGGUUGACAAAAGCCAGAGGAGAAUUGUGGAGUUGCUCGUGAAUCUAUUGCCCCACGAGGAAGGCACUAGUAAGUUGUGUAUCCCAUUGAGUUUCUUGUUUGGGAUGACGAGGAUGUGUGUCAUGGUGGGUGCUGACCUGGCGACACGAGUCGAGCUGGAGAAGAGGAUUGCUGACAGAUUGGAAAUGGCAUCGCUAGACGAUAUGCUUAUACCGUCCCUCAGCAUGACAGGUGAUUCCUUGUUAGAAAUCGACACAAUCCACCGGAUUCUGGUGCAUUUCUUGCACAGGGUCGAAGAAGAAAAUGGAUAUGAAUCUGAAGGGAACGAGGAGUCGUGCUUGUUCAAAGUCGGGAGGCUAGUCGACUCGUAUCUAGCUGAAAUUGCACCCGACCCGUAUCUUCGAAUCGGCAAGUUCGUUGCCAUGAUUGAGGUACUACCCGAUUAUGCACGCAUCAUCGAUGAUGGACUGUACAGGGCUAUCGACAUAUACUUGAAGGCACAUCCGAAAACGAGAGAAAAGGAAUGCAAGAAGCUUUGCAGAUUGAUAGACUGCGAGAAACUUUCGCUAGAAGCGUGCAAUCACGCAGCUCGAAACGAGAGACUUCCGGCAGAGGUUUCGGUUCGGGUGGUCUACUUUGAGCAGGUGAGGCUGAGGAAUGCCUUGCUGUCGUUUUCCGGUAGUGGUUUGCUGUCUCGGAGUGGGGUCGUGAGUGAAGCUGCUGUGUCCCCACGAGACACAUACGCUUGUCUGAGAAGAGAGAAUCGGGAGCUGAAGAUGGAGAUUUCAAGAAUGCGAGUGAGGCUAACCGAGCUGGAAAAAUUGGUCAAACAGGGGAAGAUAUCGAUGAAGACCAAGAAGAAGAAGAAGAAGAAAGAAGGAGAGGGGUCCAAGGCGAAUAAUACUAUUUUCACCACUAUAUCUAAAGGUAUUGUAGGCAAAUUUAGGGGCCAGCAGGCCAUACAAUAG